UUCACUCAGUGACCAACCAAAAUGGCUAUCCCCUCCCCUCCAUUUCACGCGUAAAUUACCCGAGUGAAUGGUAAUCGAAACGGAGUUACCUGUAUAGCCAGCCUACUCAGGUAUCUAUUUUUCUCUGCCCUGGUUGAACGUUUGUGAAGUUGUUUCUCUUUAUGUCCCUCAACAGAAACGACAAUGAAUACAAUCUGCGUAGUAUGAGCAACCCCAUGGGCGUCAUGAGGAAGAAAGUUACGGACGACAGAGAGCGGCGGAGUCUCAUCAGAGCGCCGUCUGAAUCGAGCACCAACAACCCUGGCGUCACCGUCACCUCUGCCGCCGGCGAACCGGAGCUGGCCACCGACCAGGAUGUCACACCGGUAUUCGUGUACGUCUUGGCGUUUUUUUCUGCCCUGGGUGGCUUCCUUUUUGGCUAUGACACCGGGGUGGUCUCUGGGGCUAUGCUUCUCCUGAAAAAAGAAAUGCAUUUGACCGCUCUAUGGCAGGAGUUGUUGGUCUCCAGUACUGUGGGUGCAGCGGCGCUCUCUGCCCUGGCUGGCGGGACUCUGAAUGGGCUCUUCGGGCGCAGGAUCUGCAUACUAAUGGCCAGCUUCAUUUUUACUGCUGGAGGAGUUGUGUUAGGUGCUGCUCCAAACAAGGAGGUUCUUCUUGUCGGAAGGAUUACAGUUGGUUUGGGAAUAGGGAUUGCCUCCAUGACGGUUCCUGUUUACCUUGCGGAGGUCUCCCCACCACACCUGAGGGGUCAGCUGGUCACCACUUACACCCUCUUCAUCACAGCCGGACAGUUUAUUGCCAGUGUUGUGGACGGGGCCUUUACUUACCUGCACCACAACGGCUGGAGGUACAUGUUGGGUCUGUCCAUUGUCCCUGCGGUGCUCCAGUUCUUUGGUUUCCUAUUCCUGCCAGAGAGUCCCCGCUGGCUCCUUCAGAAGGGCCUUACCCAGCAGGCCAGGCAGGUGCUCAGCAGGAUCCGCGGGGGUCAGAACAUUGAAAAGGAGUAUGACAGCAUGAGGACCAACAUCGAGGAUGAGGAGAAGGAUGCAGGAGGUGGCCUAGUAUUGUGGCGUAUGCUGACUCGCCCUCCCACCCGCAGAGCCCUGACCGUAGGCUGCGGCCUGCAGAUGUUCCAACAGCUCUCUGGGAUCAACACUGUCAUGUACUACAGCGCCACCAUCUUACAGAUGGCGGGAGUGAGGGACGACAAGCAGGCCAUCUGGUUGGCUUCCGCCACCGCCGCCACCAACUUCCUGUUCACCCUGGUGGGGGUGUGGCUUGUGGAAAGAGUCGGACGCAGGAAGCUUACGCUGGGGAGCUUAAUGGGUACUGCUUUGAGUCUGACGGUCUUGGCUAUAGGGUUCCUGUUAUCGGCCCAGCACUCCCCUGCAGUCACUCUCCACCCCACUGACACCUCUCUCAACUCCACCUCCUGCACACUAUAUGGGUCCUGUCAGCCCUGCAUGUUGGAUCCUGACUGUGGGUUCUGUUACCGUGAGAACGGUUCCACUGUAUACAACUCUUCCUGCAUACCUGUCAAUCAAACAUCGACCGAUGAAGCCGCCUGGGGCAGGUGUUCCAAUCCCAGCCAGGUCAGUGAUGGGUCUCUCUGGGCCUAUAACUACUGCCCCACUUCCUACUCCUGGAUAGUGCUGCUUGGGCUCAUCCUCUACCUGGCUUUCUUUGCUCCAGGUAUGGGGCCCAUGCCGUGGACAGUGAACAGUGAGAUCUACCCUCUGUGGGCCAGGAGCACUGGGAACGCCUGUUCAGCCGGAGUCAACUGGAUCUGUAACGUCCUGGUGUCACUCACCUUCCUCCACGUCGCUGAGUACCUCACCUACUAUGGUGCAUUCUUCCUCUACUCAGGCCUGAGUGUUCUGGGGCUGCUGUUUGUGAUGGGCUGUCUGCCAGAGACCCAGGGCCGCAGGCUGGAGGAGAUGGAGGCCCUGUUCUCCGGAAACCUCUGCUCCUGCAGUGCGUCUGACGGGGAUGGGGACGGAUCCAGAAACAUCCUGUACAACAGGGUAAAAGGGAGCGACAUCCUCUCAGACAAUGAUGCCUCGGACAUGGAGUAGACGUGGCGCGUCAAAGAACCUCUCUCUCUCUCUCUCACACCUUCAUGUCUUUUGAUUGGUGGAUUUACAGGCAGUGGUGUUAAACUCACUUGACUGGGCCUUUAGCAUAUAGCAGCUCUCCUAACUGGCUGGUGGACGAGACUUCAACUCUCCUAACUGGCUGGUGGACGAGACUUCAACUCUCCUAACUGGCUGGUGGACGAGACUUCAACUCUCCUAACUGGCUGGUGGACGAGACUUCAACUCUCCUAACUGGCUGGUGGACGAGACUAAUUUUCUAGCCCCAUGGAGAGAGUUCAGCCAAGUGCACUAUGGAGUUAAAGCGUAGCAUAUAUAUAUAUAUAUAUAUAUAUAUCAGUGAGUAUAUCAAAGCAGUAAACAUCACUGGAAUAUAACAUUACUAUUAUAAUAGUAUAGUAGUGUAUUCAUUUCCAAUGCUUAUAAAGUCCCACAAAUGUGUAGUUAUUGCAUUUGUUUCUGUCCUUGGAUUUGGUCAUUUCUUUAGCUCCAGUAGUAGUAAGGUGGUACUAUCUGGAGAUGUGUGGCUUCUCAGCCAGGACCAAAGUUUUUUAAUUUUUUUAUUGGCACACUAGCCUUAAUUUGUUUGAAUAUUUUGAUGACAUUACUAUAUUUAUUAAUCCUUUGCUACAGAUUGCACAUUGAUAAACCUAAUGAAAUUAACCUUUCCUUUCA